CUUAGUACCCCUUUUGGUUUCGUUGAAAAAUAUGCCAAGCCUACAAAAUUUGAAAUAUAUUAAUAUAUCUUUUGGAAUUAUAUGUAUAACAGUAUGCAUAUUUUGCAUAUGUGUUGAGAUAAAGUCUUACAUUGCCCAUAAGGGAGAGUAUGCCAACAUUAUACUAUUUAGUUUUACGAUUGUGCAUGUCGUUUCGUGCAUUCUUUUAAUAAUUGGCGUUAAGCUGAUGAAUUAUAAUUUUCUGAUACCCUGGAUGACCUGUUUGCCCCUCACCAUUCUGAACUUCAACGUACUGUUCCUACUUGUUUUGAAGAUGGUCUGGAGCAUUAUGACAUCCAUGAUGAUAUCCAUUGCAAUGUGGCUAUUUGUUUUGAACAUGUUCCUGAAGCUUCUCAAGGAGAAACGCAGAGCGAAAGCCGAAAUGCCUUCUUCGAGCAUUCUGGCCUAUCAGCUUUCCGUAAGUUCCUGACCUAAGCGGCCAAAAAUGCUGAGCAAAACAAAACGGAAAUACAACGAAUCAACUCUGUCGCACUCGCACGGAGCCCGGGCACUGCUAUCCCGCUCACUCGUCACUCGUACUGCCACGCAACUCACCUCAAGCUCACCACAGUCCACAGUUCGUGUUGGAGUUGAGUUCGGCGCGUGCCCUGCUUUGUGUGGAAUCGAUUCAAAGCCAUCGAGAGGACACACGGCGGAGCAGUAUUACGCCGAGCAGUGAGCCAAGCACAUCGAACCCAAAAGAAAAGAAACAGAAAAUCGCAGAAAAGUUGUCACAGAUAUACCUAGUCAAGGAUCAGAUGGAACAAUAAAUGAAAUUAGUUCGAAAAG